AUCUGAACUAUGGUGGAUAUACAUCUGCAAGACCAUCAACAGAGAGUUUGGACACCUGUAUACCAAUACUUCUACCAAUCACCUCUGUAACCUUUGCUGUGUUCAUCAGACAGAUGAGGAAGCACUUGGUAUCUUUAAUACCAUUCACAAUGCAGGCUACUACAGAAUCACAAUGCGAAAGCUUGGAUGUACCCAAUAUUCAUCGACUUCAGGAAGAGGAAUGAAGAUGACAGGACUCCUUACCCUGUCCCUGGUAGCAGCUGACAACGGAUCCAACAGCAACAAACCUGUACACUCCAUCAAAGACAAUGGAGCCGACAGCAACAAACCAUAUGCUCUGGAUGUUGUGGCACUAUCUCCAUCACUGGUGAAAUGGCUAAAUUCUAAAGGACAGCCCUCACUUGGUUACCAGCAACUUUCCAAUUCUCUUUGCAGUCCACCUCUUCAUCUCUCCUGA